GUCAUUCACGGUGGAGAACAAAAGUUUGCCGUUGCUUGUGGAAAAGAGAAAGGUUCAGACGCAGUAUAUAAGCUCCAGGAUACAGAGAGACUGAAACCUCUACUUCAGACUUCAGAGCUGCCUGGGAAGUGGUGGCUGCACCUGCACAGUACCAGUCUCCUGUUCAGUUCUGCUCGCCGAGAAGCCAAGCCAUGGCUGUGGUGGAGCUGAAGGUCGGGAUGCACUGCGACAGGUGCAUCAAGUCGAUCAAGAAGGCGAUCAAGACGAUCGAUGACAUGGAGAGCUACCAGCUGGAGAAGGAGACGAACAAGGUGACCGUGACGGGGAACAUCACCCCGGAGGAAGUGGUGAAGGCUCUGCAGAAGAUCGGGAAGACGGUAACUUAUUGGGGUGAGUGAAGAACAGAGCCCAGAGGAAGGCGAGCCACACGGUAACAAAUUAUUGUUACUGGGAGUGCGGACUACAGAGCCCACGUAGUUAGCUAGCUAGUUAGUAUUAGCUCAUGUGCUUACCAUGGGAUAUCAGGAGCUACUUGUACUGCAGAUUGGGUAAUUUUGGGGAGUUUCUUUGAACUGGUUGAUGCUGGCUCUUCCCUCGCUUCAUCCUAUUGACCGCGGGGUCCUCGUGUUGCGUUUAACUGCUCUGUAUUGCGUACUGAACUCAUGGCAAAAUCUUGUAGAGGAUGAACCCAACUUCUAUACGUUUUCACGGGGAAUAUAUGUAUGAAAAGAGUGAUAUAGCUGUCAGGAUUUGGUUCA